AUGAGACCAUCGUUACUAUGCCUUAGUAAGAAUCAUCAUCGUCUGGAUGAAGCGAUCCGAAAAUUUAUUCAACGACUUGAUAUACAAUUCUAUCAUCUUGAGAAUUCAUCAUUCAAAGAAUCAAAGCAGAAUGAGCGAGUAACCAUAUCCAAGACCAUGAACGGACGAGUUGUAACAGCUCUUCCUCCUGAUGCUCCCAAAGAAUUUCUUCAAACCAUGCUCCGAGAACCUAAAUAUUAUAAACCACUCAUUGAAAUGAAAUUAAUUGAUCAUUAUUGUGUAUUUUGUAAUUCCAAUGUUAUAGCAGAAGGACUGAUUGAGGAAUCGGAACACUUUUUUGCCUUGUAUAAUAUUCGGCCCGUAUUUCCAGGCCAUUCAUUGAUUAUUCCCAAACAACAUUUGACUCGAUUUUCGGAUAUUCCAGCCUCUCACGCUCAGGAUUUUGUUCAAUUUACUCAGCGUGUAGUUACUGCACUCAAAUCUCUACAUCAGACUGAUUCUGUUGAAUUUCUAAUUCAGGAGGGUGAAUUGAGUGGCCAGUCGAUUUCGCAUUUGCAUGUUCAUUUGUUGCCACGUACACCAGGUGAUAUUCCGAGCGAAGAGUGUCAUGCUGAGGUAGAGCAGGAUUGGAUGGACUAUUUCACAAAGAAAGAACACUCGGCUCGUUUGUUGGAACGAGAGGAGAGACAACAACUCGCAGAACAGGUCAGAAAGGAGAUGAUCAGAUUGGAACCUUCAUUGUAA